ACCCCAAGCAGCAGUUUCUAACACUAACAGUAAUCAUACAUCCAUUUGCCACGAUGGGUUCAUGUCUGUUUACCUGUCAAAGAUGCAAUUUCCUGAUCUCCGUUUCAAUAUUUAUGUUCAAGAUGAGCACAGCGGGUAUUACCAAGCCAUCUCUAUAGCAAAACAGUGCCACUACUUCCUUGGAGAGGCUGACACCUUCAUUGUCCUAACAGUCGCUCCAAAUGGAUGCUUUGUGAGAAGACAAAAGUAUGUCACAAGUCUGACUGUUGUCAUCACAGCACUAGACAGAGGAAGAGUUGACAUUGUCAAGUCAAUACCUCUGAUCUGUGAACGGAAAGUCAAAGAGGUGAGGAGAAAUGAUAAACCACUGGCGUCAAAAAAUAAAUUCUGCAACAAGGAUGGGUUCAACAUUACCAUUCAUCAAAAUGCCACAGUCCCACCUCUGAACCUGGAUGCUGUCUGGAUCCCUUCUGGUCAAAGUGACAACUGUAAACCUAAAUUAAAAUCCAAGGAAGCUGUCACAUUCAGCUUUCCAUUCACUGAUUGUGGCACUCAGUCCAAGAUAUCAGAAGGGAUUAUGACCUACUGGGUCAACAUUGAGAUGAAGCAACAUCUGCAUGAAGGCCCUAUUCUCCGUGAUACUCCUUCCCUCUUUGCACUGGCACAAAUCAGUCAGCUGGGUGUCGAGGUUAAGGGAGGAAAAUCGGUGUACCCGUCCACACUGAGGAAUGAGGGAAUAAUGAGGAUGGAAAUUAGGUUUGCCAAAGAUUCCAACUACAAGUAUUUCCAUUCCUCUCGAGACCCUCCUACAGUGACUGAGCUUGGCAAGCCUGUGUAUGUGGACGUUUUUGUUCUCAAACAUGAAGACAAGGACUUGGUACUCUUGCUUGAAGAUUGCUGGGCGACACCAACUAAAAACCCAUAUGACCCACAAAGAUGGAACCUGCUGGUUAAAGGAUGUCCUUUCAGUGGUGAUAGCCACCAAACUGGUGUGUUGCCAGUUGAUCCAAAGGUGCUCAAAUAUCCCUCUCUUCAUAAAUGGUUUGUGGUCAAGAUGUUCUCAUUUGUGAAGCCACCAGCAUUUGAAAACCUGGUAUAUUUCCACUGUGACAUAGAGAUAAGUAAGGGACCAGAUUACUUACAAUCCUGCAGUAACAAAAGCCGUAAAUUAAGACAAAUCGCAACAGGUCCAGAACAGAGCAUUCUUUACAGCGUAGUCUCUGGUGGACCUCUUAUUUAUCUGUAA